AUGGAUCAGACUGCGUCCAAUAAAUCCGCCACCAUGGACAAGACCGCCCUCAAGAAAUGUAUUCUCGCCAUUGACCUUGGCAGCACCGCGCUCCGUGCCGCUUUUGUCGAGUGCGAAGCGCCUUACACUUUCCAUCCAGUUCAAAACAGAGAUGUACAAGCCAAUAAAGACGCAGGCGCAGCUGUCACGUGUAGGGGUGACUUUCCUGUCUCUUGCUGCCCCCUCGACCCCAACGAUCCCUUUGCCAGGAUCGGGGCCGACGCCGCCUCCGAGCCUGGCCAUGUAUCCUCCAAGUACCUGAUGUACAUCCUCGCCAACGUUGAUGAGUCCGUCAUGGCCGAUUAUCCUCUCUCAGCAGACCUGAUGGCCCUUAAAGAGGAUACACAGCUCCGUGAAGACUGCCGAACCAUCUUAGCCAUACUGUUUGGACGCCUGAAAGAGCGCGUGGACGAUUACACCAAGAGAAAACAUAUGUUUUUCGACGAAAUCAUCCUGACCGUUCCCAGCCAGUGGGACGCACGUUUCGAAAAUGUUUACGAGUCUAUUAUCACGGAGACUUUCGCCUAUCGCAACGAAGAGGGCCAGAAGAUUAAGAAGGACGUCCACUUCUGUGGUGAGGCUGAUGCGUUAGCGCGAUAUAUCAUUCUUCACGAGGAAAGGGAGCUCGAAGACUGGGAUGUUGUCCUCUUCCUCGACUUUGGAGGCCACUCCACGUCUUUUGCCACCAUGGAACUGAAGAGAACCAAGAGCACUGGAGGCUCUGGCAACUCUAGUAUGACCUUUCUGGAGCUGGACUCUGGCGGCUGUGCCGGUGGAAGCGAGAUGUGGUCUCACCAAGUUGGCCAGUUGAUUAGCGAAAAGCUUGCGGAGACUGAAGUGGCAGAUACCGAUGAAAGGAAGAAGUUCAAACUACUUGGUGAUUUCAACACCAAGAAAAUUGGCUUUCUGGAUCAAAUUACGGCGGGUAGUCUUCUCCCCCUUGUUUGCUUCGAUGAACAUGCUACCCUCACCACUGUCAGUCUACCACACGAGGAAAUUGAGCACUGCUUCGACACGGCGCUUGAGAGACCAUUCGCAAUGGCCAAAGAGCAGCUCAGGAAGUUGAAGGGUUAUAGCGGAGACAAGAAAAUCGGCGUGGUGGUAGCCGGAGGAACUCUCCAGAGCAACAAAGCAAGGGAAGCAGUCUUUGCCGACUGCGAUAUCCCGGAAGAACGAAUCAAGUAUACGACCGAGAUCGACGUCACUUGGCUUUCAUCGUGCAACUGUCACGGCGCAGCAUUGGCCCAUGUGAAGAAGCUGACGGUGGCCCAGUUUUUCGAGCAGGGCGCAGUGAUUGCUCUUCAGCAGAAGGUUGGGCCUGUACACGAUGCUGAAUGGGAGGAUGUCGCAUAUCUCUUGGUCGGACAUGAUAACAAGCAUACGGCGAGCGUGUAUAACAGAUAUACGGGCACGGAGAUGAAGCUUGUCUGCAACCCCAACUAUACUCAGGAGGCUGCGACAGACAAAAACAAGAAUGGCAACGUCGGCGAAGCUGGAACAAGUGCUGGUUCAGCCAGAAACGCGACAGACAACAGCGAUUUGAACCCUAACACCAAUGUUCUCAUCCCAAUCGGGGAUUGCUACGACCUGUGGCACCUUGGCUCUCACUUGGCUGGAAGACUUGUGGUCGAGGCAUCCUUGACCUCACCAAGCGGUGCUGCAUCUUCUGAGAGGACUCUCCAUGUUUCCAUCAGCCGCAAAAAUCAGCGAGCUGCUUCAGGAGAUAAGGUUGAAGACCUCCCCCUAUUCCUCGAUCCCGGACACAACGCUGUCCAUGUAGAUGUUGACGCACUCGGCCCUGAGGCGGCCAACCGGCAAGCGGCGUUGAGGCAGCGUGAAGAAGAGCGUACCCGACCUGAAAAGAAGACAGCAGAGGCUCCAGCUGAGCAAGGCUCUGUAGUCAGGCCUGGCAGUUCUUCUAAGUCGGCUACAGCAAAGGCAUCUAGGAACAAGCGGAAACGGAAGGACACAAAUGCUGCUCCUGCUCAGCCCAGCAAAAGGCCGCGAACCCGUGCCGAACGUGCCGCUCUUGCCCAAACAUCAACUGAUGACGAGUUGAAGCAACUUCCCUACUAUGCCCCCUCUGUGUCGCGCAAAAGAAAAGCGACUGCCCCCGCUUCCUCCACAGCAACGAAGAAAGCACGAAUUGCUACCACCACCCCCCAGCCCAAAAUCAACAGUAGUUCUGACAACCAGUCAGACCAAGUCCUCCAAGGGCAGCCCCAAGGGCAACCCUCUACCCAUGAUGUGUCCCGGCACAACGACGAGGACACACAUGACCAUAUUGAUGACCAGCUCGACAAUGAGCUGGAUCAAAACCAUGAUCUUGCCGUCACAGCGAGCGGCCCACCCCUUUCCCCUGAGCGCAACAACUCCAACAACAACCUCAACAUCAACGGCAGCACCUCCCGUUCCACUCGAAACCGAACCGCCGCGAACGCCAGGGGGGCCAUGGCUACAAGGGCUAGGUCCGAUACCCCUGCUGCGAAUGCCGACCGGCCGGCAACAACAUACACCAACGGCAGGUUUGCCACGAGAAGCAGCCCGCCUAAUAGACAACGGACAGAACCCCUUCCGGAACAACGUGGGCAACCCCAGCCCAGGCGAUCAACUCGCUCAAAAAAUGGGAAGUCUCCGGUAGCUGCCUCGCCAGCUUCCACACAACAAGGGCAAAAACCUCAACAACCUCAACAAGGGCAAAAAGACCCUGAAAUCCCUCCCCAACCCCGACCACAACCACAACCACAACCUCAACCUCAACCUCAACCUUACCCCAAGCAAAAGGCUAGGCCUCAAGCAGGGUCAUCACAAGUCCAAGCCCAAGCCGAUGCCCAAACCCAAAACCAGGUUGUUGAUCCCAUACCCCCAGCUACCGCCGCCGACCCUGACAUCUUCGACCGAUUCACCGCAACGAUUCUGGAACACGAGGGCAUCCUCUCCCCAAGCUCCCGUUCUACCCGCCUCCGCCACCCUCUUGCCUCCGGUGAGAUCAGAGAGAAGGAGGAGGAGAUACUGGAUAGCAUCACGGUCAAUUCUAACUCUAACCGUCCUCUGACUGAUCAGGUUGUUGAUGAGGAUAGGACUGUGGAAGAGGAGAAGGAGAAGGACGAGGAGGAAGAGAUUUGUGAUGAUCAUGGUGAUGGCGAUGACGGUGACUGUGGCGAUGGUGGGUCGGGGCCUGGGGAUCUUGGGUUGAAGAGGUUACUCUCUGCAUCGCAUGAGCAGGGGAACGAGAAGCAAGGUGGACCAUCUUCGCCUAUUCUGGGAGAGCAGGGGAGAGGUAGUAGCCGCGGACGUAGCAGUGCACGUGGAGGUGGACACGGAGGUGAGGAGGAGGUAGAGGGCAACGAGGAGCGAGUCGAACUUCCUGGCUCUCUCAAAAUGUCUCGACUCCAGCGGACAUUCCAGACCGGGGUCGACGCCUCUACUCCUCCACAGGAUGCACGCGGCGGUGAUCGGGUCGUUGGCGCUGCCGAGAGGAACAAGGAAAACCAGCGGCAACAGACGACCGGGGCCGGUACUGGGGCCGGGACCGGGGAGGAUUUUCUACCCAGACCCAGCCGCAAAGGAAAGGGCAAGGGGAAGGAGGUCGUCAAACCUGCGCCCGCACCCGCACCUGCACCUGCACCCAAGCCCAGGCCAACGUCCACGCGAGACCCGCGGGUUUUCUUCCAAGCCUCUUCCUCUUCCUCUGCCUCUGCCAUCCCCAGCGCCGCGCCUCACCCCAAGAACAAAGGCAAAGGCAAGGCCAAAGCCAAAGGGGCCAGCUUGCUCGAGCCUCCGUCUCCCACCGUCCUCGCCGCCUUGAUAGCAUCAACCGCCCCAAGGCCUAUCCCUGACCGCCCCGAACCCACCCCAGCCCAGCCCACAGACACGAGCAAUGGCAUAGCCGAUGGGGUUGUCGAAACGACAACUCCGGUCCAUCUGCCCGGAUAUGCUCAAACGUCGAGGGCUGGACAGGGAAUGGAUAGGGAUGGGACGGAAGUCGAUGGUGGGCGGGAAGGGGUCGCGGACGCGGACGAGGAUAGCGUUGAGUAUGGCAGUAGAGUGCUUCGGAGGGCGAGUGCGAGUGCGAGGGAGGCUAGGAAGGCCAACCAGACGGCUGGGGAGAGUAGUAAGACUGGCAGCAAUGCCAAUGCGAUUCCGACCAGGAAGAGGGCCCGCAUUGACAUUGAGGAUCUCCUCUCGAAUCCGGUUGAGUCCCGACCUCAAUCUGAAGCUCAACCUCGACCUCUGCCUCAGCCUCAGGAAGAGGAAGACCCUUCUCCGGCGAGGAAGAGGCAGGAGACAGGUAAGAGAGGAGGUAAAGGAGGAGAAGGCUCGAAUGUGACCAAGAAGAGGAAGCGCUCUUGA